CGCGCCCCGGAGCGCCGCACUCGCGUUCCGCGCUCCGCUGAGAUCGCACGCCAUGGCCGACGCGCGGUAAUCGCUGUUCUAAUAACGUGUCUGUGCUGUGAAUACAACUGCAGUGUGACGUGGAGAUAUCUAAGGAAUUCUAAAUAAUGAGAGGCGACCGCAUGAUGGCGCCGUGCGCGGCCGCGAUCCUGACUGUCCUCAGCUUGGUUGCUUUAAGCAAUGCCGGUCCGCUGGGGCCGCUUCCGAAUGUGACCAGCGAGGACGUCGGAUUGAAGGAAGGCAGCUGCGUCGUCGGCGACGUAGUGUACAUGUCGGGCGACGCGUUCACCGGCGCGACGCCGUGCGAGCUCUGCGCGUGCGCCGCGGGCACCGUGCAAUGCGCGCUGGAGCGCUGCGAGCCGCGCCCCGGCUGCAAGGCGCUGCACCGCCCCGACCACUGCUGCCCCACCUACCAGUGCGAGUGCGAACAAGAGGGCCGCGUGUACGGCAACGGCGAGAAGCUGGUGGACCCUGAGGAUCCGUGCCGCGUGUGCUACUGCCAGGGGGGUGAGGUGGUGUGUCGCCGCAUCGCCUGCUUCCUGCGGGACGACUGCCAGCCCAGGCUCGUCCCGGGCCGCUGCUGCCCGGAGUACGACAACUGCCCGCUGAGAGCUCUGGUGGACCCGUGCCGCGUGUGCUACUGCCAGGGGGGUGAGGUGGUGUGUCGCCGCAUCGCCUGCUUCCUGCGGGACGACUGCCAGCCCAGGCUCGUCCCGGGCCGCUGCUGCCCGGAGUACGACAACUGCCCGCUGAGAGGAGUCACCGCUAUUCCCGGACUACCAACUUCAAGCUUGGCCACGACUGACACAUCUAACGCCGUCCCAAUUCCUCCCAAGGAAAACAUCAAGCAGGAAAUCACCAUUAAAGAAAUCACACCAGUAUCAGAGAUACCUGUCAUCACCGACGUCAAGAUCAAGGAGAUCUUACCCUCGCCAAGCCUUGAAGUGCCAGAAUAUCCUUCAUCCAAGUCACCACUGAUUCCACGGGAAGCCAUUCCUGACAGAAGCGUCACCAGCGCUGAACUAUCACCCACGCGGAAAGAAUCUGUUUCCAUCGAACUAAUUUCACCACUGCCUACGGAACAGCCUUCAAAACCAGUUGAAAAGAUCAUUGAGGUCAAGGGCACAGAAGAUUUACUUCCAUCAAAAAUUAGCCUGUCGACGCAGGAUUCCAUCAACAGUGAAAUCUACCCAUCGCACAUCCCCACGAUCAUGGCUACUAUGGAAGUACCUUCAAACACACCUGAUACUAUUCCAGCAGCCAGCACCACGAGAGUUGCUACUAUUGAAGAAGAAGAUCCUUCACUUUUUGAUCACAAUCCUGCUUUCCCUCCAAUUCCCGAUGAUUUAUCGCCAGUUGGAACUCACGAAGACGACGUAUCUGAACAAAUGGCGGAUAGUGAUCACAUAAACGUGCACGGAGAACAACACGUAGCCAGUACACUACCACCAACAUCCACAACGUAUGUAACUAAAGACACUCCCACAACUACAGUGAGGUAUAUAUUAGAGACUUCUACCACUACUACAACUACAGAAAAACCAGCGACAGAAACAACCACUAUAACUACUAAGACACCAAAAGUUGAGACGGCAGCAUAUAUAUUAACAUCAAGUAUACCGCAAAGUGAAUCUUUAAUAAAAGGUAGUCCGAUGCUUAAUCCUUGGGCUACAAUUCCGCAAGAUAUAUUGAAUGUCCCAUCCUCAAUGCUAGAAGAUAUAAACGGUGAAUUAGAUGACCCUGAAGAGUCAGUGACAGCUUUUGAGGAACCAACUUAUAUAGCUACUUCAACUACUACUCGGGCGAAGUUAGAAGAUGAGACUACUGCUGGUUCACUAACACUGGGCACAGUGAAGGAGACAAUAUUACCAAAGUCUAAUGAAGAAAUGAAUGCACCUUUCGAUACUACUCAAAGUGCUACCUCGACUACAUCUGGGCCAGUGACCAAACUAGAUGAUACUACGACUACUAAUCCACAAAAAGUAUUAAGAAAUAAAUUACCUACAUUUAAUGAGAUAACGAGCACUUUGAUUGAUACCACUCAAAGUACUCAAACUGUUACUUCUACUACUAAUGGACCAGUAACUAAAAUAGUAGACAACACUGCUGCUCCCACUAUUUCGAAGGAGAUAAUUUUGCCUAGGUCUGGCGAGGUAACAAGUACUGCUUUUGAUACUACUCUUUCAACUCAAACAGCGGCUACAACUGAAAAAUUAAUUACUCAAUCUACGCAAACUGUGACGUCUACUACAUCUGAACCAGCAUUUAAAAUAAUAGAUGAAACUACUUUUUCGCCGCUUUCUACACUAAAAAAUAAAGUCUUACCCAGGUCCAGUGAAGUGUCAAACACUCCUGUCGAUACUAUUACUCAAACUACUCAGAAAUUGACAGAUGCUUUCGAAAUGAUCACCAGCACAACCAAAACUCCAGAAAAAUUAACUACAGGGACUGUUACUAAAUCCAAUAUUCCAACUGAGAUCACUGCUCAAACUGAGUUUAGCUCAUUACCGAUUGAGACUAGUGAUCAAAACCCUCAUGACUCGUCCGAAAGCGCCUUAAAGGAUAAAAGUCCUUCAACAACUGAAACUCCAUUGAUUGUUGAAAUAACGACAGCCAAGGCUACAACUGAGACCGAGGAGGUUACCGUUGCUAAGACGAUUCCAACCACUCCCUCUACCCCAGGAAGUAACUCUUUUGAGAAUGUAGACACCACCGAAUUUGUUUCAUUCGGAUCUUCUGAAAGUAGCACUGAUUCUGUAGAACAUAUCAAGAUUUCACCGACACAAAAAGUAAAGAAUGCAGAUAUUAUUGAUUCAUCGCCUAGACAACAAGACAAUGUACUUACUGCUCUAAGAGACUUGGUAGGAGAUGUGGUUUCCAUCAGCCGCCACACCGACGACCCGAGCACCACGCUCCGAACCACCACGGCUAACAGCUUCUCCGAGUCGGAGGAACUGAUGCCAGUUAACGCUGGUUACAAGAGCAAAAAUAGUAAUUUCAACCUUAAUUCCAUCACGGAGAUUCCAUUGAAGACUAAGAGUCAGCUUCCAGUUAUUAAGCAAAAGGUGGUAGAAAUAGAGGGUGAAGACACAGACAGCAUUGCCGACGCGCCGCCGCCGCACGACAAGGCGGAGCCGACGACGCGCCGGCCCAUCAUCGACAACGUGUCGGACUCCGUGCCUAAAAACGAAACCGACCAGAAAGACAUUGAGAUUAUCUCUCAGUCGUACGUCCCAACGAUCAACAGGCGACCGACAAAAGUCGUUAUGAAGAAGAACAACGACAAGCCUCUGUCUGAAGCUUCAACUGAACAGACUCUUGCGACUGCUUCUACAUACGUGGUGACAUCUUCUGAGGAAACGACGCUGUCUCCACUUGUAAUCACGGAGGAUGCUUUGUCUUCUGAGGCGUCAGCGACGACAGCAGACGUAACUUUGGGGACUGACGCGUCAACCACUGCGGCGCAGUGAGCUGCGCGCAAGGCGAUCGAUGGAACCUCAGCUUAUCAGCAUUUCUAGAAUAAGUUUCGUUCUUGAAACUCUAAGUUAACGUAGAGACUAUUAGGUUAAUAGGUCUAUAUACGAAAACCUUGUCAGAAGGAUUCAUUAUUCUUUGUCAAUUCUCUCGGGCGGGAACAAUUUCCGCCGAGUCGUAUGUAAGUAGACGGCCGGGGUAUCCGGCCGAAUUUUAUGUGUAUUAGCUGGACAAAUUAUUUAUAACGUAGAGUUAGGGCGCGAGUGCGCGGCGAUGUGUCAAACGUGAGGGCUGUAGUCUAGCUCUUCGUUAGCGUAAGUUAUUUAUUUGUUAGUGAGAGCGAGUUAGUAAGUGAUGAUAGGUAAGCAACCAAGCUAGUCAACCUGUGACUGCGCGGCGUCGCGCCACGUUGCCAUUACUGCUAGCAUUAAAGAACAUGACAAACCUCGAAUGGACGUUCUGGGCUUAGUUUUAGUUCCCUCGAUGGAAGCCGGUAACGCGAGGCGACACGGGACUAUAUUUGGUACAAAUCGAAUUUGAUAUUAUAUAAUCAACCCUAUGAAAUAUUGUAAGACCUAGAUGGUUUAGAAUGAAUGUGAUCGCACAUAGUUUUUAUUUAAUGCACUCUGUGUCGAAGGAUUGCUGGACGAAUGGCUCAAUGCUAGUGUAAGGUGUAGCUUCAUCGUGUAAGACGGGAUCUAUUGACUGCGUACCCAAUGAAUAAAAAAAUAUCAUGCGAAAAAUCGCGACGAAAGUAUUGAAAGAAAUAUUGGGCUAACUUUUAAAUUUUAUGCUGUUUUAAGGUAUUUCAAUAACUAUACUUGGUCAAUUUGAGAAACUGAUUUGAACUCUAUAAUAGAUACUAAGAAAGAUAAACUAGUUGAUAUUAUCUUGAAACACUGCUUCAGUAAGAUCCGAUCUUUCACGAUGAUUCGGCGAGCGGGAGACCGAUCAUGUUCUGCCCGCGCAUGCGCGGCGCCGUCAUGAACAUGUCCACGAUUUUGCGCCUUCUCUCAACGGACUAAGGCACAGCAAUGUGUACACGUUUGUGAGCCGGUCGUGCGCGGGCGCGCUUCUUGCUCCGGAAGACGUCGCCUUUUCCCGAGCAAUAAGCAUGUGCUGACUGUAUUAUUUAUAAUUAUUGUUUUUUUUACAAAUAAAAGAACCAGACUGAA